AUGGUCAGCACCAAGCUCUACAACACUGUCAUGGAGGGCAGCGACCCCGCCGAUGUUACCUACUCCCUGGACACCAUCAAGGGUCUGCUGCAGGAGUUCAAGGCAAUGGACGGCGAUAACGAUGGACUGGUCGAGUUGGACGUGCUCAAGCAGGCCUACGGCGAACAAGGUGCCGCCGCAUUCGAGGAGUUCUUCGACUCUACUCUCGACAAGCAGGUCUCCUUCACCGAGUUCACCUCUGCCUUCAUCUUCGUGCAGCGCGCUUCUGGCUACCCCAACAAGGCUUAA